UAUAAAUACUUUGCACAGUGUUUCAUAUUUAAAAACAACUUAUUUAUAAUUAAUUUUAUAAUUUUAAUUUCUUUAGUUUCUGCGAUUUCACCGUUUUGUCUGACCCAGCUCAAUACCAGGCAACAGGUAGUCGCGAACAUGGCUGCCUUGAGAUCGUUGCUGAUAUUGUCAUCACUCGUGGCCACAAUGACGUGCGUAUCUGUGCACCUGGAUCAGUUUCACACACUUAUAGGCGACCGCUGUUUCAACGAGACCUACGACGGGAGGCCACUGACGUUGGGUCAGACGAAUCCGGUCGGCCUUUCCGUCGAGAAUCUCAUUUCACUCAUCGAGAAGAUUGAGGCCAAACGACCCCAACUCAGUGCCCAACAAAUUGUGUUACUUAUACUCAGAAGGUUCCACAUCGACGGUCUCCAUCUGAAUGGUGUGGUGAACAUCCAGUCGCAGAUCGAGAUGAAGCACCGGAGGAUCACCGAAGAGACAAUGUGGUCGUACAGGGGGUCGGGCAUCUGGAACAUGGAGUUCCCCGAAGAGAUACUCACGGAGGACGAGAAGUGCGCUCUGUUUUACACACUCUCUCAUACGGUCAACGAGACGGCCGGACGUGAAGACAAGCACCCGUACCACAAGACAAUACACCUCUCGAGGUCGGCCACCAAACCCAAUCAUAAGGCAGUGGUUCACGAGAGCGAGGCUCCCGUUCCCGUUCAGUCGGAGUUCCUUCAGAGCAAACCCAAGGGAAAACAUAUCAAUAUACCAGUGUCAGGGCCGAGUAGUAUGAAACUCCGUCAUCCCCGUGAGAAGGGUGUGGCCAGUUUUCGUAACGACAGGACUAUGGCCAUCGCCGCCAAUCGGGUGCUGUUGGGAACGGCAGUCGGCUUACUGUCACCCCAACCCAAAUCCACGCACACUCUCAUCAAUACCAUUGGCAACGUUGAGAUGAACACAACUCUAAGCAUACCUGACCAACUGGUCGACCCCUUAUUAGCGGUCACUCUAUCGGAUCUGUUGGGCAUUGGCGGGGACUCUGGACUCAAGAUACCGGCCGGGGGUGUGAUGUUUGGCGCUGAGGGGAACUGGAACUCAACGGCCUGUCAGACCAGUUAUAGGCUGACGAGUGCCGGCACUCUCGCCACUAUGGCUGAGCUCAGGGGUGGACUCGACGGUUGGAAUAUUGGCCGCAAAUUACCCACAAUUCUACGGCAAUACCCGACCAUCAGGUUGAGUCAAAUACUGAGAUGGUAUUACUCGCCCAAAGGGUUGGCCCCCGACGCCACUGUAUGCAACCGCGGGUACGGACUCGUCGGUGAACUCGAGAAUAAGAUCCAGAGGGAGGCCGAGAAUUACAUACGCGUAUGGAAUGGGGUUUUCUAUGCGAACGCCUUUCCCGACCACCAAUUGACUGGUUUUAUAGGCGAAACCUGGCGUUCAUUCUACCAGUUCCUCAACAAAGCCGGCACUGAGAGACCCAGCGAGGAGAGAGACUACUGUACGACGACUAGUGUGGGGACGGACUACAAGUCGGCGACAAUCGAGACGUCGACGGAUGUGUUCUUCAUGUUAGACAAUAUGCCCGCAAAGGGCGAGGGUUUCGAUGAGGAGAUCAAAAUGGUUACGAAUAUUGUGCGACAAUUGAAUUUAGGCCGAAACGCC